CACCUCUGAAUCCUAAUCGCCGCUUCCGCUAGUCCUCUCAACAUCACAUUGCAUGUCCCCAGCUAUUGGAGCUCGGAUGGCGUAGUCCAGUCAGUGGGGAACUUAGAUUUUGUCUUCAACGUCACCGUCUCGCUCUCUGUCGGUUCUUUGCCUCCAGCCUUGAGCCUUGGAGAUCAUUUGUUCAGUACUCCUUCGUUCUUGAGAGCAAUCUUCAUAAGGUUCUUCCUUCUAUCGUCGACGCCCACCUAUUGCAACUUGGAACCUUCGGCCACCACUCCUUCGCCUUCACUCUUCAUCAUCAGAUCACUAGAGAGGAUUUCCACGGCAUAACCUAAACAGUGCUUAAACCCUGGUUGUAUUAUUUUUUUGGAGAAGGACGUGGAGUUCGCUGAAAAUGCUAGCUAAGUUGCGAAUCCUGAAAGUUAUUCACCAUCGUCUUCCGCAAAGGCUUAACAACAGUAAUGGGUUGUGCUACAUCUUGUACAGCAAUCCACUUUGUACGAUGGUUGAUUCUCAGCUAUCUCCUGAGUCUCCAGAACUUCCAGUCUGGGUCAAGUUACCCGACACUCAAUCCCCUGAAAGCGCAGACUCUGGUGAGGACUUUGUUAUCCUUGCACCUGCUGAUUGGGCUGAGGCCCAUAUGCUUAAUGGUCAAACCCAAAUGGCGAGACUCUCUUCGAGGGAGAAGAAGGAUGAAAACAAUGUCAUAGCAAUCAGUAGAGUUCUUAAAGAACUGCAUCCUUCUCUGGAGAAAGUUGCUGAGUCGCUAGAAAGGUAUGAUUUUCUUGUAUCAGAGAAUUUAGUUGAGAAGAUUUUGAAUAUAUUUUGCAAUGACUGGAUCCGAGCGUUGGAGUUUUUCAUAUGGGCAAAGACGCAGACAGCAUAUGUGCAUUCUCCAAAAUUAUACAACUUCAUGAUCGGUAUUUUGGGCAAGGCCAAGAAAUUUGAUCUCGUGUGGAAUUUAGUUGAGGAAAUGCAUCAACUAGAAGGGUAUCUGACAUUCGAUAAAGGAGGAGGCUUUACAAGGCAGGAAAGUACGAAGAAGCUGUGGAAGCAUUCUGAAAUAUGGAGCGGGAAGGCGGGGCAAUUAUCUGAAGUUCUGGAUCUUUAUGAGAUAAUGAAGAGCGAUGGGUGUGUGCCUGACCCCCAAUUUUAUUCAUCAUUGAUAUUCAUUUUUGGCCAAGCUGGCAGGCUUAAAGAUGCACGUGAUUUGUUUGAUGACAUGCCAAAGCAAAGGGUUAUCCAAGAUGUUCGUACAUACAAUACCGUGAUAUCCAUUGCUUGUAAGCACUCACAGGAGGAGACUGCUCUUAGGUUGCUCAUGGAAAUGGAAGAGAAAUCAUGCAAGCCCAAUGUAGAGACUUAUCAUCCAUUGCUGAAGAUGUGUCUCAGAAAGAAAAGAAUGAAGGUGGUGAACUUUUUGUUAGGCCACAUGUUUAGAAACGAUGUGAGUCUUGAUUUGACACCUUAUUCACUUUUGAUGAUUGAUCUGUGUAAGUGGAAAACUUGA